UGCAUACCAACCUCCUCUUAAAAUAUAUAUACAUGCAUUAACAAAAUGUGACUUCUUCAUUUGUUUUAUCAAAAUUUUAAGCCAUUUGAUUUUCCAUAAUUAAGGAGAUUCAAUCGCAUGCAUUACCUUUCUAACACAGAAAAGCUAGACUUUUCACAUUGAUUUUUUUUUAUUUGUUAUCAACUUUAAUUUGUUGAAACGAAUUAGUACUACAACGUAAACUAAAACACACAGAAGAAUGUUAGAAAAAUUGCUGGCAAGAAGUUUUAUUAAGCUUGAGUGGAAGAAGUUUGGAUUAUGGGUACUUUUUAGCUUUUUGGUCGUCACAGUAAGCCUCUGUACAGUUCUCAAGCCUUACAUGGAUCCUUUGCCUCUCUGGGCAACCAAUUUCACAAGGCUAACAAAGGAAACAGAUGAUGUCUUCCCACAAGAGAGAUUCGAGCCAUUCUUAGCACCAAUGUGUAAUUUUUCAGGCGAAAAAUCAGACUUUUGCGAGUUAGAAGGAGAUAUAAGAAUCCAAGGGAACUCUUCAAGCAUCUACUUUAGUUCCUUAUUCCAAGUAGCAACCACAGAAGAGUUACAAAAUAAUACAUGGGGUAUCAAACUUUAUGCUCGAAAGACAGAUAGAUACGUGAUGGGAAAGGUUAAAGAGUUAUGGCUUAAACCAAUAUCAUCAUCAUCAUCCGCUCAAGAGAUGCCUCAAUGCACCGUAAAUCAUACACUUCCAACCAUUGUUUUUUCCACUGGUGGGUAUGCCGGAAACAUUUUUCACGACACAAGUGAUGUCUUAAUCCCCCUUUAUCUUACUUCAUUGCAUUUUCAUGGAGAAGUUCAAUUUGUCUUACAAGAGAAACAUUCAUGGUGGAUAAAACGACAUGAGGUCUUACUAAAGGCAUUGUCUAAGUACGACAUCAUAGACCUUAAUCGCGACAAAGAAACUCGAUGCUUCAAGUAUGCAAUGGUAGGUGUCAAGUCUCACAAAGAUUUUGGGAUUGACCCUCAAAAGUUUCCAUAUGGAUUGACAUUAAGGAACUUCACACAAUUUAUCAGAAAAAGCUAUUCUUUACAAAGAGAAAAUGCAAUCAAGAUAACUAAGAAGGAUAGGAAGCCAAGACUUCUUAUCAUUUCGAGGAAGAAGACUCGAAGUAUUUUGAAUGAGAAUGAAGUUGUCACAGAAGCUCGAAACUUAGGGUACGACGUGGAGAUUAUUGAUGCAAGAAUAGACUUAAAGUACUUCUCCAAACUUGUGAAUUCUAUUGAUGUCAUGGUUGGUGUUCAUGGAGCUGGUUUAACAAACAUGGUUUAUCUACCUGAAAAUGCUGUAUUAGUUCAAGUGGUUCCUUUAGGGUUAGAAGCGAUAUCCAAGAUGUUUUAUGAACGCCCUGCUAGAAAUAUGAAUCUCAACUACUUAGAAUAUAAGAUUAGUGUAAAUGAAAGCAGCCUCAUUCAACAAUACCCUAUUAAUCAUCAAGUGAUUACCAACCCUAAUAUAGCUAAAAAGGAAGGAUGGUUGAAUUUUAAGAAAAUUUACAUGGACAACCAAGAUGUAAGGUUGGAUAUAAGCAAGUUUAAAUUAGUCUUGUCAAAAUCACUAGAACUUUUGCAUUAG